UGGCCGAGCUCAGGCCUCAGCAGCACUCUUGGGUCUGAGCCACCCACGGGGCAGCCGCCAGGACCGCAGCCAUGAACGGGACGGAGGGCCCGAACUUCUACGUGCCCUUCUCCAACAAGACGGGGGUGGUGCGCAGCCCCUUCGAGUCCCCGCAGUACUACCUGGCUGAGCCGUGGCAGUUCUCCAUGCUGGCCGCCUACAUGUUCCUGCUGAUCGUGCUCGGCUUCCCCAUCAACUUCCUCACGCUCUACGUCACGGUCCAGCACAAGAAGCUGCGCACGCCUCUCAACUACAUCCUGCUCAACCUGGCCGUGGCCAACCUCUUCAUGGUCUUCGGCGGCUUCACCAGCACCCUCUACACCUCGCUGCACGGAUACUUCGUCUUCGGGCCCACGGGGUGCAAUCUGGAGGGCUUCUUCGCCACCCUGGGCGGUGAAAUUGCCCUGUGGUCUUUGGUGGUCCUGGCCAUUGAGCGGUACGUGGUGGUGUGUAAGCCCAUGAGCAACUUCCGCUUCGGGGAGAACCAUGCCAUCAUGGGCGUCGCCUUCACCUGGGUCAUGGCACUGGCCUGUGCUGCACCCCCCCUGGUUGGCUGGUCCAGGUACAUCCCAGAGGGCAUGCAGUGCUCGUGCGGGAUCGACUACUACACGCUGAAGCCGGAGGUCAACAACGAGUCCUUCGUCAUCUACAUGUUCGUGGUGCACUUCUCCAUCCCCAUGAUUGUCAUAUUCUUCUGCUACGGGCAGCUCGUCUUCACGGUCAAGGAGGCGGCGGCCCAGCAGCAGGAGUCAGCCACCACCCAGAAGGCCGAGAAGGAGGUCACACGCAUGGUCGUCAUCAUGGUCAUCGCCUUCCUGAUCUGCUGGCUGCCCUACGCCGGCGUCGCAUUCUACAUCUUCACCCACCAGGGCUCCAACUUCGGCCCCAUCUUCAUGACCAUCCCAGCGUUCUUCGCCAAGUCCUCCUCCAUCUACAACCCCGUCAUCUAUAUCAUGAUGAACAAGCAGUUCCGGAACUGCAUGAUCACGACCCUGUGCUGUGGCAAGAACCCCCUGGGUGAUGAUGAGGCCUCUGCCAGCGCCUCCAAGACGGAAACCAGCCAGGUGGCACCGGCCUAAGCCCUGCCAAGGACUCUCCAGCCGACCGUAGGAGUCUCCCAUUCCCCACCCCUACC